AUGGCUCAAUAUGUGUUAGGUGUAGCAAGUCUGCCUUCGGUUCUGAGCCCGGAUCUGUUGCAUCACGACAUAAAACCAAAGGAUGGAAGCUGGAGGAGAAACUCGGUCUACUGCCUAGGGAGCCACCUUCCCGAGGAAGCGCCCGGGACGCGGGGGAGCAGCUCCGGGACCCCGGCCCGCCCGCACCCCGCCGCCCCAUUGGGCGGGCCGCCCGUCACUCGCCCCGCAGCCCGAGUCCGGCCGGCCGCCGACCCUCCGGGAGUCCGCGGCGCCCGACGGCUCCACACACGCCGGGCACCGUCCCCGCGCCGCCUUCCCGCCGCCGCCGCCGCCGCCGCCGCCAGGAGGCUCCGCGCGCCUUCCCGCCUUUCCCCGCGCCGCGGUCGGGCCGGGCCCGGGCGGGCGGGCGGCGACGGCGCGGCCAUUGUCCCGCAGCCCCUCCCGGGCGCGCAGGAGGGGCUGGCCGGGCGGGGCGGCCGGGCGGCCGCGGAGAAGAGCGGCCUCGGGGUCCCGAGCCGGUGCGCCCCGGCGCCGCCCGCCUCUCCUCGCGGGCCGCCGCCCCGAGGCCGGGGGGCCCCCGCCGCCAGCCGCCCGCGCCGCCUUUGUGACCGUCCCCAGCCCCUCGGAACCGGCGCGCCGCCGCCGCCGCCGCCGCCGCCGCCGCCGCCGCCGCCGCCGCUGCGCCCGGGGCUGCAAAUGGCGCCCGCCCGCCUCUGCGCCUCCCGCCGCUCUCCCGGCCCGGGGACGUCUGGGGGCGCCGCGCCCGGGCCGCAUCCCGCCGCCGCCCGCCCUCCGCCCGCAGCGAGGCUCGCGGCCCGUCCCGGCAGCCCCGACGCCCCGCCCGCCCUCCGCCCGCGCCGCGCGCAGCCACUUACCGCGGGCCGCGGCGCACCGGCGGGUCGCGCGCGCGGGCUCGGGGAGGAUUCCUGGUCUUCGGCAGGGGAAAUACCCACUUUCGAAGCCGCUCCUUUGCGCCCUAAAACAAGUAGCCCCAACGUGAGAGAAACAAAAGCUUCAGGAAGCUACCAGUAUGUAAUGUGCUUCCUCUUGCCUCUGGACAUGCUUUCUCCCCUACAUCUGGAUUAUGCUACUCUGUACCUUCCUUCAUUUGCCUGGGAAACUAUUUUCCUUCAACAUUCAGUUCAGACAUCAUCCAUCCUGUGAAGCCUUAUGAUAUAUCC